AUGAAGCCCCGUUGCCUCCGUGUGUCCAGCGACGGCGCGCAGUGCGGCGGCCGCGAUGUCAGCACAGGGGGCGCGGGAGAACGCGACGGCAUGGGCACGGCAGAGCCGGCUGUGACUCAGCGCGGCGGUUGUAGCACAGAUAGCCCACCAGGUGGCGCGAUAGAUAGCGGUGCCGACCGCGUCGCGAGCGGGCGAUGCGCUGGCAGUUGCGGCGGCGGACACGAACUAGCUCAGUCUCGAGCUAGCGCCGAAAGGGGACAGCGUAGAAGCAGCGAAUGUUGGUCCGCGGAGCCAAAUAGAAAGUUGGGUACUAGUAGCGUCGAGGACUCGCGCCAACGGAGCAGAUUAGGCGGCGACAGAUGCGGCAGGCGGUGCGCGCAGCACGUGGCGGAGCGGCAGCUGCGGCUGCUGCGCCCCGCGCUGCUGCUGCUCGCGCUGCUGUCGUGCGGCCACUCGCCGCUCUCGCCCCCUGCGGGGCCGCUCGCUCCAGCCCGUGAUGCUCCCGCGCGCGCCCGCCGCUCCGCGCUGCUCGUGGGCGCCACCCGCGCCUACUUCCCCUUUUUCCCCUCCUUUGCACAGUACUCGGGGCCGAACGAAGCGUCGGCGACGCUGGCGACGAGCAGCAAAGAUUCUGCGACGAAUGUGACGAGCAGUGACAAGUCAUCGUCAAGCAAUGACACGUCAUCGUCAGGCAGUGACAAGUCCUCGUCGAGCGGUGAUACGUCAUCGUCAGGCAGUGACAAGUCCUCGUCGAGCGGUGACACGUCAUCGUCAGGCAGUGACAAGUCAUCGUCAAGCAAUGACACGUCAUCGUCAGGCAGUGACAAGUCAUCGUCAAGCAAUGACACGUCAUCGUCAGGCAGUGACAAGUCCUCGUCGAGCGGUGAUACGUCAUCGUCAGGCAGUGACAAGUCAUCGUCACGCAAUGACACGUCAUCGUCAGGCAGUGACAAGUCCUCGUCGAGCGGUGACACGUCAUCGUCAGGCAGUGACAAGUCAUCGUCAAGCAAUGACACGUCAUCGUCAGGCAGUGACAAGUCCUCGUCGAGCGGUGACACGUCAUCGUCAGGCAGUGACAAGUCAUCGUCACACAAUGACACGUCAUCGUCAGGCAGUGACAAGUCCUCGUCGAGCGGUGACACGUCAUCGUCAGGCAGUGACAAGUCAUCGUCAAGCAAUGACACGUCAUCGUCAGGCAGUGACAAGUCCUCGUCGAGCGGUGACACGUCAUCGUCAGGCAGUGACAAGUCCUCGUCGAGCGGUGACACGUCAUCGUCAGGCAGUGACAAGUCAUCGUCAAGCAAUGACACGUCAUCGUCAGGCAGUGACAAGUCCUCGUCAAGCGGUGACACGUCAUCGUCAGGCAGUGAUAAGUCCUCGUCAGGCAGUGACACGUCAUCGAAUUCAAGCGAACCAUCCACCGACAGCAGCGGCGGCGGAAGCGACACGGGCGGAGGGGGGCAGUCGGCGGAAGGUUGGCGCGCGCCGUGGGCGAAGGGUGGAGUGGCGGAGGCGGAGACGGUGCACCUGGUGCUCACGCGCGGAGCGCGAGCGGCGCAAGCGGAGGUGAGCCGCCGAGGCUGGCGGGGGUGGGCGCGGUUGGCGGUAAGCAGGGAGGAGCGGCGCGCGGAGUGCUGGGGUAGAGCCGGGAAAGGGGUUGCGAGUGGGGGAAGGGGUGCAGGCGUUUCUUGCGCGCUGCUCGCUGGAUUGCGGGGUUGCGCGGGAGGGAAGGGGCGGGCGGUUAUUGCUCUGGCGGAAUGGAACAAGUCUCCCGCUUCCCGCCUGCUCCCCCCGGCUAUCCCCUUAUUCCCUCGCUUUUUCCCCUCCCUCUUCCCAUUGAUACUUCCUCAACUCCUCCCCGCCUCUCUCUCCGCCCCCCGGCGCGUUGCGCCCUCGGGCGCAGCGACAGUGGGGUUUCCAACUCCGCCUCACUUUUCCCCCUUCUCCCAUUCCCUCGCGCCCCCCACCUCCCCCUCUCUCUUCUCCACCACCUCCUCUUCCCGCCAUUCACCCGCGCGCCAGCCCGCACCCGCGACGGACUCGGCGGUGGUGGCAGCGGGGCUGCCGGAGCUGCCGCGAGUGGGGCUGAAGAACGAGAUCCGCUACGAGUACGGCGACGCGCGGGACAGCGCGCUGCUCAGGACCACCAUGUACACGGCUGUGGGGGCGAGUCGCGACCCCGCACUGAGCGCGGAGUUCAGGGCCGCCGUCUCUCGCGCUGAAGUCACCAUCGCGCCACCCCGCAGCAGCGCGGACAGGUACCACACGGAGGUGAGAGUGGGGUCAUCACAGCAGGCGUUCAGCGUGGUGGUGGACAUGGCCAGCGACCUGCUCUGGCUGCCCUGCGACUGCGUGCGCUGCACCGAUGGACCCUCCUCCUCCGCCACGCCAACGCCGUUCAAGCCGGCGGAGUCCACGACGCUCACCACCAUGCCGUGCGACUCCUCCUCCUGCUCCGCCUGGGCGGACGACCGCUCGCUCUCAGUGGGCUGCAGCAUUGCACCGGACCUACCCACGCCGGACUCCACGUGCCAGUACUCGCUGGUGUCGAGCUCCCCCCAGGGCAGCUCAGCGGGCAACCUGGUGCGCGACGAGGUGCAUCUGAGUUUAGAAGACGGCAGCUUCCUCGCGCCCAACCUCACCUUCGGCUGCGGGCGGUACCAAACAGGAGUGUUGGCGACGGACAACGGUGCGCCAGGGGGCGUGUUGGGGCUGGGCACGGGGCCGCUCUCGCCGCUCUCCCAGCUGGCGGAGAGCGGGGUGGUGCCGCGGGCGGGCUUCGCACUGUGCCUGGAGGGGGACGAUGCCGCUGCUGCUGGGGGGGGCAGCCACCUGCUGCUGGGGACCACUGACGCCGGGCCUGCUAGCGGGUCGACCCGCGUGUACAAGAACAGCCUCAGGUGGCUUGCCUUGCCUCGCAUUGGGAUGACUGCGUUGGUGUAUGUGAAGAUAAAGGACAUGCGUCUGGGCACGGCGGACCUGGUCGUCACACCCGACAUGUUCCCACCGCUCUCCUCCACGGGAGCUGGGGGCACGGCACUCGACUCCUCCUCUGCUGCCUCCGUGCUGCCCCGACCCGCCUACAUGGCUCUCGCCACCGCUUUCCUGGUGCAGUACCCGCUCAUGAAGUUUGCGUCGUCGGAGAGCGCACAGGAGGGGGUGGACUGCCUUGACGCCAAUGACUACCACCAGGCAUCCAUCCAUGACCCCCUCGGAGUUCCUACAGCAGUUCCCCCCCCCUCACACUCAUGCUGGCGGGCGGCAAGGGCAGCGCUGACUUCACCGUCACCUUCUCUAAUUGUGCACGCCAUGCCGCACCCCCACCCUUCCACCCGUCCCCCUCCCCCCAGGGCAUCCAUGACCCCCGCGGAGUUCCUGCAGCAGUUCCCGCCGCUCACACUCGUGCUGGCGGGCGGCAAGGGCAGCGCUGACUUCACCAUCGCGCCCACCAACUACCUCAAGAUCGUGCCGAGCAGCCCACACGUGGUGUGCUUCACAGUGCGCAUGGCCAGCAGUCAGGCAGAGCGUGCAGUGAUAGGCGACCUGUGGAUGCGGGACAAGUACCUUGUCAUUGACAUGCACAAAGAUACACUCUCAUGGAUCGAUGCUAACUGCACCACAGGCCUUGCCAUUAUCCGCAACACCACUCACACCACCACCAACACCACCUCCUCCUCUUCCCCCUCCCCCCUCUUUCCCACCUCCCCCGCGCCCUCCGGCCAGCCCCAGCCCCCGUUCAACUCCUCCUCCACCAACCCACCAGACGGCCCCCCUCCCCCCACAGCACAGCCCAGCACCUCCCCCCCUUCCAUCUUCGAGAACAGCCCCGGCCCCACUGCUGCUCCCCCCUCCAUCGCCCCACCCUCCAUUCCCCCCCCCUCCCUGCCUCCCCCAAGCCCCCCUCCACCACCUCCACCCCCGCCCCCAAGCCCCCCUCCACCCAACAACCCUCCCCCGAACCCCCCUCCUCCACCCAACAACCCUCCCCCGAACCCCCCUCCUCCACCCAACAACCCUCCCCCGAACCCCCCUCCUCCACCCAACAACCCUCCCCCAGCCAACCCGCCUCCUCCGCCGUCCCCGCCAAUCGAGCCCCCUAUAGCCGGCUGUCAGCCGUCGCCCACGGACUGCGCCUUCUUCUUCGCGGGCCACGAGGGGCAGGUGCCCACCUUCUCUAUCCAGCCGCGCCAGGGCGACGCUGUGCUGUCCACGAGUGAGCUUAAAACGAGUAUAAUGGGCAGCGACAUCCAGGUGCUGGCAGGCAACUCGGGCGAGGCGCAGAUCGUGUGCGCCGAGGGCCAGGGGGCCGGGGCUGGCCUGGGGGGUGGGCAAGGCUCGGGGCUGACAGCAACGGCAGCCAUGGCUAUGAACGAUGGUGCUGUGACACAGGACAUUGGCAACCAGCUGUAUAUCACCGGCACGGACGUGCAGCAGCGCACGUUCAACCGAAUAGAGAACCUGUUUGCACUGCGCAACGCGUAUGUGAAGCUGCGGGUGACGGCGGCGGAGAUGGACGUGUUUGGCAUGACGGUCAACAUGAACCCCGGCGACGGCAACUCCUACUUCCCCGAGGACAAGCGCUGCGUGCUCUUCAAAACCAAACUGCCUGACGGCUGA